UAGAGGGAGCUGCGGCCGCGCCCGCCCUGUCGCGCCUUGCUUGCUGCUCGGAGCGCCGCCUCCCCAGCCGUUCGGAGCCGCCGCGAUGGCGGAGGACAGCGAGUCUGCGGCCAGCCAGCAGAGCCUAGAGCUGGACGACCAGGACACGUGCGGAAUAGACGGAGACAAUGAGGAGGAGACCGAACACGCCAAAGGAAGCCCUGGAGGGGAUUUGGGAGCAAAAAAGAAAAAGAAGAAACAAAAGAGAAAAAAGGAGAAGCCAAAUUCUGGGGGUACCAAGUCCGACUCUGCAUCUGACUCCCAGGAGAUUAAGAUUCAGCAGUCUUCUAAACACAACGCCAUCUGGCAGCAGAUUUCAGCAGGAGCAGCCAUGGGUGGUGAUACUAUGGAAGGUGAAUGGAUAGAUUUAAGAAUGUAUCAUAAGAAUCCCACCAUCCCUAUUCAGAAGCUACAAGACAUCCAGAGAGCAAUGGAGCUGCUGUCUGCAUGCCAAGGCCCAGCCAGGAACAUUGAUGAGGCCACAAAACGCAGAUACCAGUUUUGGGACACACAGCCAGUGCCCAAAUUGAAUGAAGUCAUAACAUCUCAUGGUGCAAUUGAACCAGACAAAGACAAUAUCCGCCAGGAACCAUAUUCUUUGCCGCAAGGUUUUAUGUGGGACACUUUAGACUUGAGUAAUGCCGAAGUGCUGAAGGAGCUGUAUACGUUGCUGAAUGAGAAUUAUGUGGAAGACGAUGACAAUAUGUUCCGCUUUGACUAUUCACCUGAGUUUCUGCUGUGGGCUCUGCGCCCCCCAGGAUGGCUUCUGCAGUGGCACUGUGGAGUCCGAGUGUCUUCAAAUAAAAAGUUAGUAGGUUUCAUAAGUGCCAUUCCAGCAAACAUCCGAAUUUAUGAUAGUGUGAAGAGGAUGGUAGAAAUCAACUUUCUUUGUGUCCAUAAGAAACUGAGAUCAAAACGGGUAGCCCCAGUGUUGAUUCGAGAAAUAACCAGAAGAGUGAACCUGGAAGGCAUCUUUCAGGCUGUGUAUACUGCGGGAGUAGUUCUUCCUAAGCCUGUGGCCACUUGCAGGUAUUGGCACCGAUCCCUAAACCCCAGGAAACUGGUGGAAGUGAAAUUUUCUCACCUGAGUAGAAACAUGACCUUACAGAGAACGAUGAAGCUUUACAGACUUCCAGAUGUUACAAAGACUUCAGGUUUGAGACCAAUGGAACCAAAAGACAUCAAAGCAGUCCGAGAGCUAAUCAACAUCUACUUGAAGCAGUUUCAUCUAGCUCCAGUGAUGGAUGACGCAGAAGUGGCCCACUGGUUCCUGCCCAGGGAGCACAUCAUUGACACGUUUGUAGUGGAGAACCCCAGUGGGAAGCUGACUGACUUCCUGAGCUUCUACACUCUCCCCUCCACGGUUAUGCACCACCCAGCUCACAAAAGCCUCAAGGCUGCCUAUUCCUUCUACAACAUUCACACAGAGACACCCCUGCUGGACCUCAUGAAUGAUGCGCUCAUUAUAGCCAAAUUGAAAGGAUUUGAUGUGUUCAAUGCACUAGAUUUGAUGGAAAAUAAGACCUUCUUGGAAAAACUAAAGUUUGGUAUAGGAGAUGGCAACUUACAGUAUUAUUUGUACAACUGGAGGUGUCCAGGGACAGACUCUGAAAAGGUUGGACUUGUUCUACAGUAGAUGAAGAUGUUAUUUCUAGAAGGCAACAUUCUCAUUUGUUAAUAUUCUAUUUAGUGAUGCCUGGAAAUGUCAUUCCAAAGAAGAAUAAAAGCACAAGUUGAGUGAAAUUGAAGUAGUUGUUAACAAUCAGAAUAGAUGGCCAACUGUAUACAUUUCUAGUUAGGGUGUUGGGAGCCAGUCUCCGCUGUUGACUAAUGUGGGAGGGAUUAAAGGUGUCCAUAGAGCUCUCACUGCAAAGAGAAAAGUGGGACUGUCUCUGUGAUCCAAACAGAAAUGGCAGCAUCAUGUUAAGAAAACCUUUGCUGUUAGGAGAGUCACUGCUGCUUUUCUGUUUAUUAAAUGGUGAUAUACUUGUAAAACAGAACAAGGAUCCAUAUGUGUAUCACCUUACAUGAUGCCACUGGAAUGUUUAUAGAAUUGACAUGUGGUAGAUACUUAAGGAGCAAUAUGAAAAUGUACCAGUGACUUAGCACAUUUAUUAUUCCAUAAGCAAAUACACAGGUCUGUCCCAUAAGCAUAGUAGCCAAAUCAGUACAUUACAGGUUUGUCUUCUGCUCUUCAGCAGGCUAGUGGAUUGUUUCAAAGGCAGAGUUUGGGGCAGUUGUUCAGUGUGCUCACUAGAGAGUACACAGCUGACUGAUGAGACCUUGCGGCUGCUGUGCAAUCUCAUUCCUCAGCAAUGUGAAGGAUGUGUGAGGGAAAGGAAGUCACAGCUCUAAGGUCAGAUUAAAUGCCCAGAGGAGUGGAGUCAGCACACAGAUGGUCUGAAUGUUUUUAUUAUGCAAAAUUGCACAUGUUCCUUUAUGCUGACUUUAAUUUAUCAUGAAAAUUGUCAUGCUAAUGGAAAAUGUCUUACUUGUAAAUAAUAAGUAUUCAUAAUUUUGUUACUGAUGUUGUUUUUACCUAGAAUUUGAAAACCAAGUUUCACAGUGUACAUAUAUGUGUAUAUGCUGCCACUAAUCCAAGGGAAAAUAAAAUACUAAACAAGGCCAUUGUAUAGACUGGGCCUUUAAGUCAGAUGCCACAAAGUAGAUACUUCCUGCCUUUACUACAGUGCCUCCGCUCCAGUCCAGACAACAUGGCAUUUCCUUCCCUACUAGAAAGGAGUCACCAAAUGUGACUGUAGGCUGUCUCACCUGUUGGCUGUUCUAUACAGCUCACAAACUGAGAAUGGUCUUUUUUUUUUUUUUUUUUUUUUUUUUAAAUCGUUGGGGGAAAUAGUCCAAAGAAUUGACGUUUUGUAGCAUGCAAAUCUUAGGAAAUCCAAACAUUUUAUCAGAAUACAGACAUAUCUUCAUUAUGUCCUAACUAUGGUUGUCUCAUGCUACAAAGGGAAAUCAAGUAGUUGUGACAGACUGGACUGUAUGUAUUGCCUGCAAAGUUAAAAUGUUUGCUCUCUGGCCUCUUGUGGACAGGUCCUAAAUAGGCCACAAAUUGUGCCAUUCCUGAUAUUACCACGAGAGGGGGCACCUGGGCCCCACAAGUGGUGCAGAAGUGGGACCAGUGCUGGACACAGGACAGAUUUCUCAUUAUACAUGUCCAACUGUCACAUUUCUAACAGAACACCUUCAGGAAAUGAAACUACCUAUUCAUUACAGCACUGUGUGGAAAGUCAAGCAGUAGGUGAGUGAGUCAGUCAAUCUGGAUCUACAGCUCUUUGGCAAUUAUUGCACUCAUUUUUAUGUCUUAUACAAAUUGAAUUUUCAGGUUAGAAUUUUGUCAUGGGCUUAUUUAUUAUUUACCUCAUGAGGAAACUGUUAAAACCAUUCCUUUAGAGAUUUGUUUAUUGCACAUUGCAGUUGUUAUAGAACUUUAAAUACACUAAUAGUUAACGGUGAUGUCUUCAUAAGUUAAGCACAUGAGCAGUUGGUAUUUUAGAGAAUUAGUAGCCAGAGCAACUGCUUGGAUAUAAAAUAACUGUUAAAACCAAAUGUAAAAGCAACAAUCUCAAGUUACACUGCCCUAUGCUCUCUGUAUCCAUAUUGUGCUGUAAGGUUUCUUCCCUUCAGAAACAGGAAAUUUGUCAGCAAGUGGAACAAAGUGGUACAGUCCAUAAGUUCAUCCAAAACUUGGGAUGAAAAAGUUUUGCUAUCCCACUCACCUCCUAAAUUCCACAAUGACUUCCAGACAGAGUGGAUUAGUAAAGUCCUGACAGCUCCACUCCCAGCCAGAAAGACCCAUCACUGUCUUGUCUGUCCUCGUGCCACAUGUCAGCUAAGUACUGCUGUAAUAAGUUCUGGCUUAGGUUUUGUUUUUAGAGUUGUUAGCUUUGAUUUUUGUUUGUUUUUGGUGCUGGGGAUCAAGCCAGGGAUAGUAUGUGCUGGUAAGCACAUAUUCUGCCAUAGAGCUCUGCCCCUAAUGUACUCUUGAUAGAUGUUAUAUAUUACAAGGAAACUGAUGAUGCGCAGGGAGAGAAUUCUUAUGAAACAACCUUAUCAGGCUUUUGUUCUGUAUCAAUUAAGCCUUUCUCCCAAGCCUGCCUUGAUGCUUACCUACAAAGAAAGCCAAAUUACCACAAAGUAAAAAUGACAUGCCGCUCUGAAGGCAGUGUACUGCUUAACAUUUAGUGUCUCUCUCUCUCUCCGUUGCAACUGAGGACUUUCUUCAGUUGCUUCACCCACCUUGCUAGACCAUGUCUGUGGCCCAUUUUCCAAGUUCGGUAGAGAAAUGUUAAGUGCUGUAGGAAACUGAUGUUCUUGCAAGCAAGCAUUGUACCAGCCUUUAAAGCAGUGAAUUUAUAUGCGCAUGGACAUUAGUCUUAAUAAACUUUGGUUUUGUUAAUCAUU